UUUAAACUGUACAUUUGUACCCACAGAUCCCAUCUAACAGGAAAAAAAAAUACGGAGCAAAAAAUUCUAGAUCUAAUCAACAACCUAAAUUGGGCUUAGCGUGGUCGCCCCUCCAUUUGACUUCUCACUUUUCCUCCUGCCCAAAAUUUUAGAGGGUCUCCGCCAGUGGAAAAUCUGCCCCUCAUUAUCUUCUGUCGCAAAAAGCCGUCCUCUUCUUCCUUUCGAUUUCUUCUUUUUUUUCCAUCGCCGAUUCUCUCGACGACCACAUCUCUUCCUAUUCCUCCAUCACUCACUCAAAGUCUUUACCUCUACCGUCAACAUGAUUAUUUUCAGGGACGCUCUUACCGAGUCCAAGGACGAACUCCUGUCCGACUCCUUCAAGCUAAAGGAGGUCGACGGAGUCGCCUACGAGGCUGACUGCUCUAUGAUUGAGAUCGGCGCUGUUUCUGUUGACACCGGUGCCAACGCUUCCGCCGAGGAGGCUGACGAGGGCAUUGACGACUCUGCCCAGAAGGUGAACAACAUCAUUCACUCUUUCCGCCUGCAGCCGACCAGCUUCGACAAGGCCUCGUAUCUCUCGUACCUCAAGGGAUACAUGAAGAAGCUCGCCAAGCACCUUAAGGACAAGGGUGCUUCCGAUGAGGAGGUCAAGGAUUUCCAAACCAAGGCCUCAGGUUUCGCUAAGAAGAUCGUGUCCAACUUCAAGGACUACGAGUUCUACACUGGCGAGUCCAUGGAUGUUGACGGAAUGGUUGUUCUCCUCAACUACCGUGAGGAUGGUGUGACACCUUAUGUCACCAUCUGGAAGCACGGUUUGGAUGAGAUGAAGGUUUAAGGGCCUAUUAAUUAGGACACGAAAACCCAUAAUGAAUACCACAAAACACGAUCCAUACCAAACGAGUCCACGUUUUUCUUUGUUUAUAAAAUGCGAAUUUUAGGCUUUUUUACAUAGAUUCGUCUUUCUACGAACAGUACCCGGCGCAUUAAGCAGCCGAAGCCUAAACAAAAUGCGAAUUUCUUGAGAUACUCUUAGGAACAGACCCUUUUGAUGGUAUUGAUAUCCGAUUUAACACUCUA